AUGUCAUCUGCAUUUCACAUUCAUAUUGGAGGGGCUGGUGUAAUGAUAGGUGAUAUGCUAUGGAAAUUUUAUGAGAAGGAACAUAAUGAGACAACAUAGAAGAAUUAUAUUUAUGAAUAAGUUGAUGGACAUUAUCAUCCAUUAGUAUUAUUUAUUGAUUUAGAAGACAGAAUGAUAUUUGAAAUUUAAAGAAAUAAAUAAAUUGAAUUUAAGAAGAAUUCAUUUCUUAAUGGAACAGAAGGCGCAUCAAACAUUUAUUAUAAAGGAAAUUAUACUUAGUGGAAAGAGAUUCUUGAUUAGGGAUUAGACUAUAUUAGAAAAUAAAUAGAAACUAUGGAUCGAUUAGAUUAAUUUUUAAUAACAACAUCAAUAAGUGGAGGGUUUGGUUCUGGAUAUGCUAAUUUAUUAAUGAGUAGAUUAAUUUUGGAUUAUGGAAAUAAAGUAAAAAAAAAUGGAUUUAUACUAUUCCCUUCUUCAGAGAUGUCUAAUAAUAUUCUUGAAAUUUAUAAUGCUACGUUUUCAAUUAAUAUGGCAAAAAAUUGA